GGCAACAAGAGAAGAAGUCGUGUCUCAGCAGUGGUUGUUGUCAUCCUGAUUCCUAGGUGGAGAGGAUUCAAAUACUCAGCAAACAGAUGAAGCAGUCGUUUAGCUUAUAGCUGUCGUGUUUAACUCCAUGGUGGAUAUACUUGGAGACGCAUAAUGCUCCGUAACGCACAACAAGAACGACUACUUCCGUGUACAUAUAAAGGCUGCGCCGCCUUUCUCAACGUGAUUGGCCCUACGACCUCCCCUGAAAACCUUUCUUGCUUGUGAUUGGUCGGCCGUCUUUUUGCGUUUUGAAUGGCAUGUUGUAGACACAGACGGCUAAGGAUAUGUAGCGAGGACAUAUGCGGCUUAGGAAUACUCCCAAGUAGGUGGCCAGGUGUCAUCACGGAGAAGAGGGCCUGAGCUGUUAUGAAAUAUUUUGGGAAACUCCAUGUGGGUUCUUCAUGUUGAUCCUUGCUUUUCCCAAACUGAGUAGAGCGACCGUGCGUGUCAGGAGACUGGCGGCUCAUCUCUGCAAAGCAACAAUGUCGUUAGACCGCCAGAGCUCCAGUCCGUCCUUUUCAAGCAACGGGGAUGCUCCCACUGCUGCCAUUCUCAUUAUUGGAGAUGAGAUACUCAAGGGUCACACUGUGGACACCAACAGCACCUUUCUGACAAAAGCACUCAGGAAAAUUGGAGUGUCCGUGCAGCGAAUAACAGUCAUUCCAGACGUCCAGGAGCUCAUUGCCAAAGAAGUGACCCUCCUUUCUUCUCAAUAUACACACCUCAUCACCUCAGGGGGCAUAGGCCCCACCCAUGAUGAUGUCACCUUUGAGAGCAUCGCCAUGGCGUUUCAAGAGGAGUUACAUCUCCACCCGGAGCUCGCUCGGCUUGUGGAGGAAUUCUUUGGGGUGGCUGAUAAAAAUAGUGCUGCUAUGAAGCUGGCCAUGGUGCCGCGCUCAGCCAAACUCAAUUAUGGAACUGACCCUCGGACUGGACAACCGCUACGCUACCCGCUGGUUAGUGUUCGUAAUGUGUACAUCUUCCCUGGGAUCCCAUCUUUAAUGGAGAGGGCCUUCAGUGGACUGGAGCAUCUAUUCGCAAGUUCAGGGACCACAUUUCACUCUCGUGAGGUGUUUGUGGAUGCAGAUGAGGCAGAGAUCGCCCCCGUGCUGACCAAACUUCAGGCCGGUUGGGGUCGGAAGGUGGCUCUUGGUUCGUACCCAGACUGGCUGAGCAACUAUCACAGAGUCAGGCUGGUCCUGGACUCUGAUCGCCAGGAGGAGGUGGACAAAGCCCGGACUCAGCUGCUAGACGAGCUUCCUAAAGGAAGUGUGGUGCCCUUAGUCACUGACACGGUGUCCAUCGCCACGGCUGAGGUGUACACACUGUCCAACAGCGGCACACCACUGGGCGAGAAAGUUACGACUGCUCUGAAAACCAUAGAGGCUGCACUGGAUCAGUAUUCGACAGAGGAAGUGUGCGUUGGCUUCAACGGAGGCAAAGACUGCACAGCGCUGCUCCAUCUGUACUACGCUGCAAUGAAACGCCGGUAUCCAGAUGGAAAAGACAAAGUAAAAGCACUGUACAUACGUAUUGUUUCCCCUUUCCCAGAAAUGGAGAGAUUUCUUCAGGACACGAUAAAAAGAUAUGACUUGGAGCUGUUUUCCGUGGAGGGGAAUAUUCGGCAGGCGCUGAACGAGGUGCAGGAGAGGAGGCCGGAGCUGAAAGCCGUCCUGAUGGGGACCAGGAGGAGUGACCCCUACUCUCACACACUCACACCCAUGUGUCCCACUGACCCCGGCUGGCCGAGCUACAUGAGAGUCAACCCUUUACUCGACUGGACGUAUCACGACAUCUGGUCCUUCCUGAGGACGUUAUAUGUGCCCUACUGUAUUCUCUAUGACAAAGGGUACACCUCACUUGGCAGCAUGGACAACACCUGUCGAAACACGGCCCUGAAGGUUGUGGAUGGGAGGGGGGUGACGCGGUACAGGCCAGCCUACCUGCUAGAGAACGAAGAAGAGGAGAGAAACUCUCGUGCCUGAUGUCGCAUCACCUGUUGCUGAUAGAUUACCUACACACAGCACAACAUGGACAUUUUUAAUCAUGUCUUUAUGUGAAUACUUGCAGAAUGAGAUUGUGAAGGAAGUCUCUGCGUGUGUGUGUCUGCAUUCUGUUAAUAUAUAUGUGAGUUUGCUCUGAGUAAUGGUUCUCUGUACUGUUGAAUAAAACAUCAGUCUGUGUCAUCUUU